AUGUCGUCAAGAUUGUGUAGUGCAGUAUGCACGCGCUCUGUAAAGCAGAGUAGCGCAAAGCGAGUACUGACACGCUUCUACAGUGCUGAAGCUUCACCAUCGCCCAGAGUCAUUUUUUCUGGUAUUCAGCCUACUGGAGUACCACAUCUCGGCAACUAUCUGGGUGCUAUGCAGCAAUGGGUCAAGUUACAGAACGAAGCCUCUUCCAACACAUCUCUGAUCUACUCGGUGGUAGAUCUUCAUGCUAUUACAGUGCAUCAGAACCCUGAUGCAUUGAGAACGUCCAAGCGAGAGAUGCUAGCUGCUCUUCUUGCCGUAGGACUAGAUCCUCAAAAAUGCACUAUCUUUUUCCAGAGCGAUGUACCCGCUCAUUCUGAACUCAUGUGGAUAUUGAGCUGUUCAGCAUCCAUGGGUUAUCUCUCAAGAAUGACACAGUGGAAGAGCAAGCUCGAUUUAGAUGAGAACGCCAACCCCUUAGAUCCUUCGACCAAGACAAAGUUGAAGCUCGGCCUCUUCUCGUACCCGGUCCUCCAAGCAGCAGAUAUCCUCAUACACAGAGCUACACACGUGCCCGUCGGCCAUGACCAGUCUCAACAUCUCGAAUUUGCACGAGAGUGUGCUGCUGGCUUUAACCACCUAGCUGGCAGUAAGAUUCUCGUACAGCCAGAGACACUACUUUCUCCCGCAAAACGCGUGAUGGCUCUCGACCGACCAACGCAAAAAAUGUCAAAAUCAGCACCAAAUCCCAAGUCACGCAUUUUAAUCACAGAUUCAUCUUCCACCAUUUCGAAGAAACUGCGUGUGGCUCUGACCGACAGCAUCGAAGGUGUGACAUACGAUCCCUCAGCUCGACCUGGAGUUUCAAAUCUCAUUGAGAUUGCCUUCAACCUCGACAGCUCAAAUCACGGUGCAGCCAGUCCUGCGGAUUAUGCCAAGGAGUUUGAGGGAUUGAGUCUCAAGGCAUUGAAGGAGAAGGUUGCCGAGGUUGUGGAUGGUCAUCUGGCACCUAUUCGAGCAAGGUUCGAGGAGAUUGUUGGCGGUGAUGGAAAGAUCAUCGAAGAAGCAGCACAGACUGGAGCUGAGAAGGCAAGGAAGUCGGCUGAGUUGACCAUGCAAGCGGUCAAACAUGCAAUCGGCUUUUAA